ACAUUCAAUAAUAUUAAUUAUUAUUAAUAUUAUGUUCAUGUUCAGGCUUUGUACAAUUGUAGUUAGACUUGGGUGAAGUGGAAAGACUCUCUCUGUUCCUUGACUUAUCCCCCGCCUUAUCAAGUACCGAAUUUUUGCCUUUCAAGAUGAAGGUUGCCAUUGAAGGCUGUUGCCAUGGUGAGCUGGAUCAAAUCUAUGCCACGCUGCGCCAGGCAGAAGAGAAGGAAAACGUCAAAGUCGAUUUGCUCCUGAUCUGUGGAGAUUUCCAGGCUGUCCGAAAUGAGUUUGAUUUGGAGAGCAUGGCUGUUCCGGUGAAGUACAGACAGAUGCAAACAUUUCACAAGUACUACAGCGGUGAAGCUGUUGCUCCUGUUUUGACUGUCUUCAUUGGAGGCAACCAUGAAGCCGCCAAUCAUCUCUGGGAACUACCCUAUGGCGGAUGGGUUGCUCCAAACAUUUACUACAUGGGCUUUGCAUCGGUACUGACGUAUGGCGGCCUUCGGUUUGGAGGGCUAAGUGGAAUCUUCAAGCAACAAGAUUUUCUGAAAGGCCAUUUUGAGAAGCCACCAUUUGAUCAAGGCACGGUGCGCAGUUUCUACCACAUCCGUGAAGUUGAUACCUUUAGACUACACCAACUUGCACAGCCCAUGGAUAUUUUCCUGUCGCAUGACUGGCCCAAUGGAGUAGCUCACCAUGGUAACAUUGACCAGCUCUUGUCGAAGAAGCCGUUCUUUCGCGAAGACAUCGAAAAGCAUGCUCUGGGGAGUCUUCCUGCCAUGGAGUUGCUGAGGAAGAUGCGACCACUGUACUGGUUUUCAGCUCACUUGCAUGUCAGAUUUUCAGCCGUUGUGCACCAUGACAAGUCAACUGCUGAAGAUGACCAACCUACUGUGACCAAAUUCCUUGCACUGGACAAGUGCUUACCGCGGAGAAAUUUCUUGCAGAUUGUUGACUUUCCGGAAGCAAGCGGUGAGAGAAAGUUGGAACAUGAUGCUGAGUGGCUGUGUGUCCUAAAGAAGACUUGUUCGCUUGACCAGGGUUCACCUCGCUACCAGUGUAUGCCCUCUACUGACUUGUGGCGGUAUCAACCUAUGCCCAAUGAAAUUGCCAGUUUGCGGGACUCCAUUGAUCUGACGGUUCCGGAAAAUUUCUGCCGCACAUGUCCCGUGUAUGAAGCUAACCAACGGAGACACCCACCUCCUGCACAGACUGGCGUCAAUCCGCAGACUCAGCUCUUCUGCAGUAAAUUGGGCAUAGCACCGGCAACAGGUUCUGUGGAUUCGGCGUUAUCUGUUGCCUCUAGCAACAUCGGCACUAGGGCAGGCAGCUCUGCAAGUGACCGCGCGUAUUCAGCAGCUACCGGUGCUGCAAACACGGAUGAGAUCAACUUGGAUGAUGAGGAGGAGGAGGAGGACGGUGAUGGCAGUGGUACAUCUGGGCAGUGCACUGCUGCUUCUGCUGCUUUUCCAACACGCCAACAGAAAGACUUUGCUGGAAAUUCAGAUGAAAUUGCAUUGGAUGAUGGUGGUGAUGAUAGUGAUGAUGAUGAUGAUCAACAUGUGUCUUUGUUUCGGAAUAGGCAAGCCCAACAACAGAUGUCAACCAGUCACGCCAUGAUAGGUCCUCAGCCGAGAUCUCCAGGAAACACAUCCACUGUACCAUUGAACGGACAGCAAGCACCCAGUAGCUAUUCACCAGGACACCCAGCGUCUUCGUCACCGCCACAGCGUUCUGCAUCAGCUCUCUCCAUGCCCAGUGCAGACAGUAAGCCAGACAUGGCAGCAAGCAAGCAGGAAACGUCACCGGUUGCUAUGAGCAGUGCUGCUCCACGUCGCACGGCCAUGUUUCUCCCACCUCCAUCGAGUGGCGGUGUGACUGCCAGUACGACGGCGGCUAACACCACUGCAGCCAUUGCCACUGCUACCAGUUCAUCAGCCACUGAGACGGGUAUUGGUCAACAGACGGAUGUUCAUGACAGAAUGCCAGAUGCAUUUAAAGCUGAUGAACAGCCCACGCCCAUUGGAGCAACGAGCGUGAGUGAAGGCCAACGUGCAGUAGACGUACAGGCGGGUGUGAAGUCAGAGGACAAGGUUCACCCAGCGCUGAAAGUGGAGCCGCGUGUUUUGAAGCGCCGCAACUACGCACUCUAUGCUCCUGAAAGUGAUGGCGAUGAAGAUCAGGUAGCAGACUGUGAGUUCUGCGACACUGCUUAUCCAUCUACUGAGAUGCGGAGAAAGAAAGCAAAGGAAUAGUUGUUGGAAUUUAUCGAAAAGGAAUAUAGAGUGUGCACAUACACAGUUGAUGCACUCACUAAACAUGCUCACCUGACACUCAUGCCUGCUUUACGCAUGUGUCCACGUGUGUGUGUCCACGUGUGUGUGGGUGUGGGUGUGGGUGUCCAUGGUGUGUCCACGUGUGUGUCCACGUGUGUGUGUGUGUGCGUGCUUGCGUGUGUUUUAGUCGAACGACAUGUUUUUGCUUUCACAGGGAAUGUUCUCUGCUGAUGUACUUCCGAAGUACAGUAUGUCUCUCAUUGUGUCGUAUGUGUCUCUAUAUCUGUAUCAGACUUUGUAAGUGUAUCUGUAAGUGUUAUUGUUGGAAUAUCUGUAUAUCUGUAAGUGUUAUUUUGGAUUUUAGAAAGCUGCUGCUAGGCUUGUGGUGUCUCUUACUGGAAUGUACACAGAGCACUCCACCCUCCCCUAUUUGAAAAAUAAAACAAUUUUACUCUUCUGA